CCUGAGACAAAUUAAACUAUUUAAUACAUGAUUUAUAUUAUUACAUAAUUUUAAUUUUAUAAUUAACUUAAAAAUGGCGGAUGAAAAACAUCGAAAUGUCAUUAUAAAAUACAUGUAAGGGUAUCAUAAUUUGCUGUCAUUUGUCUCAAAAUUUUCCAUAAAACUUCGAAAAAGAUUUCCGAAAAGUAAGAGUGAGGGUAACAAUAGUCAAUGGGGGGUAGAAUACUAAAAUCCCCAUACGACCAUGUUUUAUUGCCAAACACCAUUAACUUCCACUUAUAUCCCACAAUUACCCCUAUGUCCUAAAUUUUAAAGAAUUUCAAACGUAAAUAUUUUUUAUUUUAAAAAUAUUUUUACCUUUUAAUAGUUUUUACGUGAAUAUAUGUCACAAAUAUGGCCCAAUAUCAACUAGUUUUAGAGAAGGCUAUUAAUACAGACUCCGAAACUGUUCCUAAGCCGCGCAGUGGUCAUCGAUGUGUUACAGACGGCGUAUUCCUGUAUUCCUUUGGUGGUUUUAACCCAAACAACACAUAUGACAAAUUAUUUAAUAGAAAUAUAUGGUGUUUUCAUUUAAGCUCAAAACGAUGGUAUAUUGUAUUCACAGAUAGCUAUGCUUUUGGGUCCGCACCAACGUGUGUUGCAUCGAGUGUUAUGGUGUUACACAAAGGUUGGUUUAUUGUAUUCGGCGGUUCCGGUUAUCCGUUCGGUAUGAAAAACAGCAACAAGGUGUUUGAAUGCGACCCAAAGGAGCAAAGAUGGCAUCAUUUGUCAGUUAUGCCUGAACUCGGUAACAUUGCACCAACACCUGGAUACGGACAAGGCGUCGUUAUGGGUCCAGAUGAAUGCAUGUUUAUAUUUGGCGGCACAAAAGGGCUCGUUUAUAAUAACGAUCUGUACAAGUUCGAUUUCAAGGAACGUAGGUGGGAAUUAAUCGCAUGCAGCAACCCCCCUUCGGCAAGGUAUAGACACGAGAUGGCAAGCAUCGAAGGUGGCUUUGCCGUGAUUGGUGGAUACGGCUUCAACGGUGCUUGCCCAUUGGAUAAGCUACCUGUAUAUAGUUAUGCUGAUUGUUCGUGGAGGGAAGUCAAAUGCGAGCGGGACCCAGAUCAUGGAUUUCCAAAACCCAGGCGCGCGCACAGCUGUGUGAAAUUUGAAGACAAUGUGUAUGUGUGUGGCGGCUUUGACGAGGAGUUUGGUGAUACAAUAUACGAUGAUAUAUGGAGGUUGAAUGUUAAAACGUUCUCAUGGACUAAAAUCCCACAGGUAGAAUGAUUCAGCUAUUAACAUAAUAAGUUGUUAUGGUUUGUGUAUGGACUAUCUAAAUUAUACUUAAUGGUACAAACUCUGAAAUGCCCAUUUUGCAUCUUUUUGCAGUAACCCAAAUCCCAUUUUUUUCAGGGGUUCAGAUUGUGUAAUUAGCCAAUUGAGCGCUUGUGCUCUCCCCUUAAUAAUGAGUAAAAUUAUCUGGUGUUAGAGUAAAUUAAUCUGGCAUUAGACAAUAAAGUAAGGCUCCCAAAAAUAUGUGGGUUUCCUAUUUCUUCUUGUAAAAACUUAGAUAGGGUAGGUCAGUUUUAACUUUUUUUUAAAACUUUUUUUUUAAUUUUCCUAACAACGAAACUAACGAAAUCUUUAAAAACUUUUUUAAGGCUUUACCACAUCCGACAUACUUUCACUCGGCAGCAGUAACGAGCGAGGGUUGCAUGUACGUUUUUGGUGGCAUCGAAUGGAUCGGGGAAGACGAAAACAAAAGGACAAAUAACAUGCUCAAAAUGUGGUUGGUAAUACCGCCACUGGAGAAGCUAUGUUGGCAGGCGCUGUGUGAUACCAUUCCUCAAGACAGGAGACUCAAUACGAACAAGUUGGGUAGUCUUGGUUGUCCAAAGUAUCUUUUAGCGAGCUACGAUGCUCAGUUCCUUGUUGGGCUUGAAAAUGAUGAAAUUUAGAUAUACUUUUUAAGGCAAAUGAGGAGCCUGUACAUUACCAGAUUCUAAAAUAAUUUUUGGCUGUAUCUUUGUACCAUAGAUAAUUUUUAAAUCAUUCACUCAUUUUACGGACAUAUUUUAAAUGAAAUACAGUAGGCCACAAACAUUUACUGACAGUUAGUUCUCAUAUAAUCAGCAUUUUACCUAGGUGUAAAUAGUUUAAUUUUAUUAGUAACUACUUUCAUUUGACAACAAUAACAAUGUAUUUGCCGACACAAAUGAUUCAAUAAAACCAGUGCCGUCAGAAGCAAAUUGAAAUCGACAGCCC